UCAGAUAUAUUUUAUCGACUGGUAAGCUGAUGAUUGUCCUUUCAGUCUGAAACGCUGUGCAUCGGUUUUCAACAAUCGACGGAUAUUUUGCGAGUUAAGACGUGAGAAUGGAGACUCCUGUUGACGAAGUCAUGAACUCUGUGACAGUCGAUGAAGGGUGCAAUGAGCAAGCCAAUGACCAUGCCAAUGACGAUGGCGAUGACCAGGACGAUGUCCAGAGCGAUGUCCAGGGCGAUUACCAGACGGAUAGCCAUUACGAAGUUCACGCUGAGGAAGAAUGCGAUGACGACGACGACGACAAUAUCCGGGUUGAUGAUUUGGCCGAUGACAAAGCCGGCAAUCACGCUGAUGAUCAGGCAAAAGAAACGGAAAUCGAACAAAGUUCCAAGCAACAAAAUACCAGCUCAGACGAUGGUUCUUCACAGAAUUCAACAAAUGUCAUCACAAAUCAGCCAAAGUCCUCAAUCAAGGCUCCGUCUCCUAUGCCCACCAGCGAUUCUAAAGAAGGCGAACAAGAUACGAUUCACAGCACAGCUGUAAACGACAUUGAUGUUGAAGUCGAAGGUAGUUCAAAGCUCGACUACGAACUGGCGAUCGUACCAGGAGCAUGUCUAUCAGCGUCAGCAGGGAUGGGGUCAGCAUCAAAGGAGCUAUGUAACGGGUUUACUGACCUUGAAUGCAGGUACCCUAACGUUGGUUGCGAGCUGUCGUGUGGAUGCGAAGAUGGAUUACAGCUCGUAAGCGACUGCACAAUGGAGCUCUGCAGCGCGAAUUGUAUUCUUGGUUGGCUCGCCUGCUCACUCGGUCUCGCCUUGGAUACGAAGGCGACUUGGAACCAAGAUGGAGUUGAGUUUGAGGUACUUGGAACCGGUAUCGAAACAUCACAGGGAAAAGUUCUUCGGGUGCUAGGAUCAGGGAUUGGUAUAAUUGAUAGUGAGAAAAGAGAGACGGUGAAAAUGAAGAGGAAAGCAAAAGAAGUACAGCGAGCUCAGAAGGCGGCGACGAAAGAAAAGGAGAACAUGGUAGAGAAAGCAACUGAACUCGAGAUGUCUGGCGAAGACAAUACUACUGCUGAAAUCGAAGACUAAGACGAGAAUGUAGCAAUUCAAGAAGAUCAUUCAAAAACUUGGUAACUGUAGUUAAGACAAUUUCGUCACAUAAUUUCAUCACAAGAUGAUUCGAUCAGGCAUGAUGAAAGCAAUAUAUCGUCUGCUGAUCAGGGAACCAAACUUAAUUUUCAUAGUAAUAUUAAGGAAAUAUAUAUAUAUAUAUAUCUUCAUCUAAAGCCUUACGCUUUCACUUCUAUUUCAUCUACCUCUCAUGUAUAUCCUCUUUACCUUAUAAAAUAAAUACUCUAUGUUUUUCAUUUGAUAUUUCUUGUCCCUUUCUUCUCGUUUAAUGAUAAAUUUCGCCGACUAUAUAAUUUUAUAUGAUGUUCACGAAACAAAGUAUUUUGUAUUCUUCGACUUGAAAGAAGAGAGAGAGAGAGAGAGAGAGAGAAUGUAUAGGGUAUUUAUAUAAUGUAUAUUGUUAGCUUACCCAUGUAAAAUACUACUUGUACGAUUCUAAGCAUGAAACGUAUUAAAUGUUUUUUUUUGGUAAGUGCAUUAUAUAUAAUAUGUCUGGACAAUUUCGUCAGAGGUUAUUUAAACAUUGGUUCGAAUAAGACGUGGUAAAAGUUUGUUCGAGAUUAGUUUUUCACAUACUCUUUAUCGU